GAGCACAACGCCGUUUUCCGAAAAGGAAAACCUCGUAGAGUUUUCUUUUACAAGCAACGCAUACAUACAUUCCUUAACUGUUUUCCUUCACCGCAACCGCUCCGCACACCCGCACACACACACACGUAUAUCUGUUGUCUUUGUGUGUGUGUGUGAACGUUUUUCUUCUUCUGACCGGUUUUAAUUCCGUCCCAGCUUUUGCCGCUUGGGUAGUUAACUUCUUUCUUGUAUUUUCUAUUUGCAUAUAAUUUCUUUUUCCGAGGGCCGUUCUCGGAAAUACGCACUGCGGCAUUCGCCGUUGUUCUCCGUCUUAAGGUACGGCAGUUUCUCCUCUUUUUAGUAUCAGGGUACUUUCCCGGAGCGUGAGCGUCAUUUCCUUUCUGGAUCUAACUGAAAACCAGCUUGUUGUUCCCCAUGUUCUCGCCUUCUUUAAUGCAGCGUGGCCCGUCUCCGCUGACGCUGACAGAGGGCGGCGGCGGCGGCCGCCUUCAGAGUUUCAUGAACGGCUUCGAGGCCCGUGUGCACCUGUUCGCUAUGUACACCUACGAGCUGGUCUGCGAUGUUUCUCCUUUGCCCUUUGAGGUGACCGUGCUUCUCGCCGUGUUCACCUUCAUUACCGUUCGCCAGCUUGUUCUCUGGUACACCCUGGACCUCAAACGUGAGACGAACGGCUACGUUUAUUGGCACAUGAAGGAUCUCAUCAGCACGGAGCUCCUAGACUCCUUCAAGCGAGAGCACCACCUGAACUCGGCGAUGAUCGUGUACAUCACGCAGAAGCUGUGGCGCAACAUGCCUCUCACGGCGGCGGAGCUGAAGAACAAAGCCUUCACGAUUCACCUUCUUCUGCUUCACUCCAAGGCGGUGGACGACGAGCUGGAGGAGUAUUACUCGGACAUGGAGCUGAACUUUUGCGAUCACGUAGAACUGCUGUUACCUGUGAAGCUGCCCAUCUACCCGUACUGGACACCGGUGCACGAAGGCGGUGUGGAGGUGUGCACGUGGAUCACCACCACCCGCAUCAAGAACCAGAGCCCAGAGGCGCACCGCUACCUCUAUCUUCGUGCGCGAAAGGACGACUCGAGCCAGGGCGGCGCCAAUGCAGAUGCCGCGCUGCGCCGCUUUGUUGACAACGCCGUGGCGUUUUACUUUGCGAACGGCUACGCCGACCGCGACGACCACUCCCUCCGCAUGUACCGCAUCUCCCCCUCUGUUGGCCGCAUCUUGGUGAAGGCUGCACCGAUGCCGCUGGCCCCGACCUUGGACACGGUGUUCUUUCCACAGAGCGAGGCAGUGCGGGUGCAGCUGCAGCACUUUACGGAGAAGAAGGGCCGCUACGCCAUUAAUGGAUUUCCUCGUAAGCUGGGCUUUCUCCUUUACGGUCCGCGUGGCACAGGAAAGCGCUCGUUUGUACGUGCGUUGGCCUAUCACACGAAGCGACAUCUGGUGCGAAUCCCGCUCUCACGCUUCACAAAGAAUGAGCAGCUCUACAACACCUUUCACUUCGAGGCGGCCGUGACGGGUAGUGCGGAGGAUUGGUCCAUGCUGAACAGCCGAAAGGUGAUAUUUUUGUUGGAGGAUGUCGACACGGAGAGCGAGGUGGUGCGGGCGCGUGGGAGCUCGCACACCGCCCGCGUGCGGCGAUCACGUGGGUUGACGACGCGCGGCACGCGGGAGUUGAAGGACUCGUUCGAGGUGGCAAAGUGUUUGGACGACGGCUCCAAAAAGCCGAGCGACAACACCAGCAGCAGCAACUACGAAGAUGACGCAGAGGAAGACGACGAGGCGCACACACCGCGCGCACACGGCUCGACGCAGCCAGUCCCAGCUCACAACGCAGCUACUGCUGUUGCUCCUCCAGCGCCACUGAUGGCGGUGCCGGAGCUUCUGGGUUUGGGUGGCGCCCUAUUUGCGAGGGAGGAUGCGAAGUUAGAUGCGAUUAACCUGUCCUCGUUGCUGAACAUUCUCGACGGGGUCGUUGAGGAUCCGGAGCGCAUUGUGGUGAUGAUCGCUGAUCACCCAGAGCGGCUGGACCCUGCCCUGUUGCGUUCUGGGCGUCUCGCCACGCACGUCCGCUUUGACUACAUAGAGCUGAACGAGUUGAUCGGCUUGUGCGGACUCUUCUACGGCUCGGAGUGUCUGUUUGUCAAAGGCACGUUGCGGGGCGACGCGGCUGCCAUGCUGGCGAGGGUGCACAGCGGAGUAGCUGAAUACACCAGGGCAGUUACCAGCGGUGACGAAUCCCCGCCUUUUCCCCACGAAAUGCAGGACAACUCCAUGAAAGGCCAGUCAGCGAAGAAGACCAUGGCGAAUGGCGACGAUGCGCUGUUGAAGUGGCAGCGUCACGAGUACAGGUCGGCUGAGACGGAAAAGCUGGAAGAGCAGAUCAUACGACAACUGUCGUCAAUGCAGGCGGCGAAGGUGCGUGCGAGCAUCGCCGCCCUUGAGGAGGAAAACGUGCCCAGGAGAAACUUUUUAGUCACGCCUGCGCACGCCCAUCAUUUGUGCAUGCACGCGAAAACGCUCGACCUCUUUCUUGAGUCGCUUUGUGCCUACAUCCGUGGCGGGGGCCGUGACGGUUUGAAGGCGACUCAGUGA